AGCAAUCUUGCUUGAUUAUCAUCCCGUCUUGAAGUGUUUAAAACCCGCAGAAAUAACAAACGUGUAAUAUAGCAAUUGUGAUUUUGUGCUUAUAAGAAAAAUUAGAAAGAAACGUCCGUUGAGCACGCUGCAAUUGUACGAAAGUAGCCUGUUUUCCAGUACAACAAAGAGGCGAAAGAUAAAGUAGCACACAUUUCGUGGGGGGAAAGCACCCACCGGUUUUUCCCAGUCAUCACUCCGUAGCAAUACCAUACCGUGGUGAAUGACACUGAUAGGGCCGGGCGCCCCAGGAAUGGCAUUUAUGAUGAAGAAGAAAAAGUACAAGUUCUCGGUGGAGCUGCGGCUGGAGGAGCUGGUCGAGGUACCGUUCCUCAACGCGGUCCUGUUCGCCAAGAUUCGUCUGCUGGACGGCGGAUCCUUCCAGGAGCACAGCAAUAGGGAGGAGGUACGGAACCACACCGUCAAAUGGGGCCAGAAGUUUGAGUUUCCCUGCAAGAUGACGUCGAACGCGUCGACCGGCGUGCUUGAUCCGUGCACCGUGCGGAUAUCGGUGCGGAAGGAAAUCAAGGGUGGCAGGAGUUACCAGAAACUAGGCUUUACCGAUCUGAACCUGGCGGAGUUUGCCGGCUCGGGCCUUACGUCUAGAAAGUGUCUCCUUGAGGGGUACGACGCGCGGCACCGGCAGGACAACUCGAUGUUGAACGUGUCGCUGCGCAUGCACAUGAUUCAGGGUGAUAUUUUGUUCAAAGUUCCUUCCCCGAGCCCGAAGUCGAAAACGGCCCUGCCGCAGGACAAUCUGGCGCUCGGAUUGCAGCCCGCCGAUCCGGCGAUGUCGGUCGGGCCCGUCGUUACGCCCGUCGUAGCGCGCGUUACCAAAGACGAUCCAGUCGUGACUUCCGUCGCACCCGGGUUCGAUUCGCUCACGAAGAAGAAACCCGCCCAGGUCCUCCCUCCAACGUUGGAUCAUCAGAUAUCGAUGGAAAUGGACCACCAGUCGCUCAUCAUUACCGACUCCGGUAUCUCCGAAUCUUCCGAUCCGCCAUUGUCCCUGCUGGAGCUGCAGUCCUCGCUGCCCGUCGUGACAGCGCUUUCCGUUGGCAGCACCGUACCGACGGUGGGUAAUGUGCCGGCGGGCCAGGUCGCCGCUACCGGCACCGGAACGACGGUCGUGGGGUCGGUUGAGAUGGGUCAUUCCCGUAACUCGAGCAAUACUAGUCAAAUGUCCAAAGGUUCCGGUUACAGCAGUUUCUCCCACAGUCAACACUCGAGGCAAAGCUCCGAGGGAGAUUCCGGUCACCAGAGGUUCCGCUCGGGGACGGCAUUUCAUGGCAAACCGAUCACGGUGCUGACGGUGCCGCCUGUUAGUAGUACCACCAACACCACCAAAACCACCACCAUCGCACAGCCUCUAGUUAACGGCGGCUCCUCGGGCCGUUUGGUAGCGAUCGCUAAUAAGAAACUUCACAUCACCAGCGGUGGCGGGCUCAGCAGCAGCAGCAGCAAUACCAGCACGGGCAGCUUCGGCUCCGGCCCCGGAGCGCCACUGAAGACGAUCACCGCGAACCGGCUGCUGAUGAAGCUGCGCAUACCGCAGAGCCCGACGUCGGACUCGGGCGACGAGCUGUUCGUGACGCCGGACGUGACGGUGCUGUCGGACGGCGGGGGCGAUACGGGCGACGAGCGGACCGAAUCGGGCGUGGAGGAGUUCGGCACUCCGACGGCGGAGAUUCCGCUCUCGAAGCUGGUGAAGAUCAAGAGCAUGAACAACCUGUCGGUGCCGAAGGGCAGCAUGUUUCUGGACGAUCAUGCGGAUGAUGCGUUGCAUUUCGGGCUGCCCGUCGGUGACCCAUCGUUCGACAGUGGGUUGGCCGUGGAUGACCACACGCUAGCGCCUGGAACGCCUCAAGGGUUGCUGCUCAACCUGAGCCGCAUGAAAUCGCUCGGCAAUCUGUCGGCGUACGAACGCGAGUUCGGCGACACGCCCGUCGAUCUGCUGAAGCUGAAGAAGGACUUCGAGACACGGCGGUUCAGCUUCGCCAAGAUGAAGUCACUUACCGAUCUGACGGUGGACGACGAGAAGGACGACGUGCUGGUGCGCCGCCGGCGCCAGCUUGAGGCGGCCGAGUCCGAGCGCAGCUCGUCGGACGAGUCGACCAAGGCGUCGCAGCUGUCACCGCCCGCCAGUAUUGCUGGCGCGUGCGAGUUGGCCAACCGGCUGCUGCCGUUCCAGAUGCGCAACUCCUUCCACAACGGUGUCUACCGGAAGCGGCACGGUAUCGGGUACACGCGCUACAUCGGCAUCGACGAUGAUCCGGCAGCGAGUGCCUGCCCGAGCAUAUACGGUGGUGGCAGUAACCUCACGAAAAUCAACUCACUCGGUACGAUCCCCACCGUGGGGUUGGGUGAGCGCGUCGACCACGUACCCUUCCUGACGCCCAACAUUGGCCGGAAACGGUUCGCGUCCACCUCGACGACGAACAGAACGAGCGCAACCAGCAGCAGCAGUCCGGAAGAGGGCGAACAGCCGAGGCCACGGUCGGCGGCCUCGGGAACCACCAGCAUGGCGACGAAAGUGAUCGCCCGCAACUCGGCACGAGCAGGCGGUGCGAAUCCAUUCGAACGUAACUUCCGCAAGAGCGCCCCAAUCGGAUCGUCCGGUUUCGAGGGCGCCACCGAUCGUCUUUCGCUAGCGGACGGUUCUAUUACGUCCGGAUCCGUCCAGCAGCUCGGUGGCUUUUUCCGGCAGUCAGACAGCAACAUCGUGCGCAACUACCCGAUCGGGAAGUCGUCUUCCGCCAAUCUGGAAUCGCUGAAGCACCGCUCGUCGUACAACAACUUCCCGCUCAGUCUGAAGACCCACCAACCGCAGCAGCAGCAGCAACAACAGCAACCUCCAGCCCUGCCUAGAGGAGCUGGAGGGGUUGUGAUGAAGGGCGUCGAUGCGGUAAAGAGUGUCGUCGUUCCGGUGACGGGCGUUGUGCCGGCGCAACCGUCGAUUGCGGGAAAUCGUGUCUACCAUAGAUUCCGCUCGGUAGUACGGGUGGUUCUUAAGUUUAUCAUAAAGGGGCAUACGUCAAACCAAUCGACAAACGAUUGCCAUAAGUCUACCACGAUCAAUAAUGCUACUGUAGCUACUACUAGUUCUACCACUACUACAACUUCCGCAAAUACUACUUCUACUUCUACUACUACUACUACUACUACUACUACUUCUACCUCUACUUCCACUUCUACCACCACCUCUACCAGUGCGACGGUGCUAAAGAACAUUUGUGGUUUACACCGGCGCUUGCUGGACGGUAGCACCCGUCAACUAACCUCCCUAACGCUAGCGACACCGGCGACAUCCGGUGCGGCCGCCUCCGCCAGUGGUACGUCCUCGUCCGGCUCGAGCGCCAUUAGCCCGUCCUCGACGGGCACUUCGGUUGGGGCGAGCGCGGGCAUCCUUCCGCCCACCGGAGUGGGACAUCCGGGGCCGGUGACCGUUGGUCCAUCGAUGACCGACUGUACCGACAUGAUGGUAUCGUCGGGCAGCGAUCGAUCAACGCCGGGCCACGGAUCGUCCGCCGGGUUUUUUCCUCCCUCGGUCGGUUCCGGAACCGGUUCCGGCGCGUUGUCGGGUGUUCCCUCCGGUGUCUGCACCGUGACAACGCCCCUGUGCGUUGUCGCAUCAUCAUCCUCAUCAUCCGGCUGCGAGUCGAUGCUCAACAAUGGCACUAACAACUCAUCAUCCCUCAAUCUACCAUCUUCGCUUGCGCUCCGACGUCCAAGUGCUAACAUAAAUCCCAGUUCUAGUUCGAUACCAAUGAGCGAAACCGGCUCACUCGAUCGCAUGAAGUCGGCGGCGGAGCGAAGGAAAAAGGGCGAGGACAGUGGUAUGGCGCCGACGCUAUCCGGGCGCGUCGAAGACACGCGGGUCAACACCGGUUUAAUCAUUGACGAGCUGCUUAAAAACACCAAACUAGACCACCUAGAAGAUGCAGAAAAUCCCACCGGACUAGCACUGUACAUCAGUAGCGAUGGUACGACGAUGGUUGGCAGCCACGAGGUCCGUUCGCGGAUGCCGGCCGGAGCGUUCAAGCAAGUGGUGAUGGAAAACCCAAGAUAGUAGCAACAGUAGCACCGCCGGACACGCCGUCGCCGACCGCGAGCCCUGAUCGGCGAAUCGAUGCACGGACGCGCAUGCCUGACCGGGCGUAUGGGGCACUUUCCUAUACGAGCACACCGCGCCGGCGAUCGUAUCAUCCUACCUGCGGCAUCCUUUAUCAACACCCCGUAUUGCGGUCAUCCACUGGUGGGGGGAUACCGAUCCGAUAUGUACUUGCCAUACCGUGCACGUACGAACCAACAUGGUGUGAUUUUCGGUCAGCAAAGGCGCCACGCCGUACCGUGUAGCUAUAAGGGUUUUAGGCACAAGUAUUUGCACGUGGUCAUGAUUGAGAGUACGAAGCGUUAUGCGGCAUAUGUUCUGCGUGUGAUUAUUAUAUGUUCCGGUGCGGAACCAUCUAUCCAGUUUGUUGGGCGUUGGUGCUUCGUUUUGGAUUGAAUUUAAAUCUCCGUGUCGCUGGCGGGAAAACGGAUCCCAUUGCGAUGUAACUUCCACCCGAAGGACAAAGCCGAUGCGUCCACAAAAGUUUUUACUAGACAUUCGAAACAAGAACUAAAUGAUAGCGUAAAAGUGUAAAAUUCAACUCUUCAACUCGAGUUAAUAGAGUACCCCCGGCCGUACAUUGUAGAAUGUUAGACCUAUUUGUUUUCGUUUCGUUUAACGCUUUUCGUUACUAAUUGCCCCAACUUGAAACCGCACCAAACAACAGAAAGCAGAAAGCUAGGUAGGUAGUGGAAUCGAGAAACGGAAGAACGCCAGAAAUGCCAUACGCCAUUAUGUUGUGAUAAACUUUAACGGGUUACAGAUUUUAUUUCGGUUCUUCUACUUGUGCAGCACCCCUUGAAGGAACUAGGUAGUUGGUGGUACUUUCUGUUUUUGUUUUUGUAUAGGUACGUGUGUGUAUGUGUGCGCGCGUGUGUGUGUAUAGGAAUUUUUAUAGUUAGGGAACUUUUUUUUGAUUUUGUAAAAGCAUGUCCGGUUUGGUGCCGUUACUGGUGUCUGACGAAGGUAGGGAGAGCGAUUCGAGAAACCGGUAGAACACUCGCCACUAAACUCAAACAUUUCUUUAAACAACAAAAGAAAGUGGAAAAGUGGCAUAGAAUCAUGGAACGACAUGAAACAAUUCUCGAUCGACAGAAGCAAUAGCAAUCGAAACAACCCGUUCGAGACGAAGUGGGCAAAGUGAGAGUAGUAACUAACUUGACCACGGUCCGGAAGAAAGCUUGAUAUAGCCAGAACAAAGUCCAAGUCGAAGUGUGUCCUGACGGACGUGAUAUAGCCAGGGCGCGAUACGAAACGCGCGUGGCGCGGGUAUCAAAGAGAUGGUGUGCGAAUGUGAGCGAUAGUACGCAUGUAAAACCGAGAAAAGGCAGAUUUUGUACGUGCGAUUUUUUAGCGGUGGUAUUAUUAUGAUUAUUAUUAUUAAUGUUAUUUUUAUUUUAUAUUAUCCGUUCCAGCUAACGUAAAAUUUAAAGAAAGCAAAUUAAAUUUGUUGACAUUUAUUUUAAAUAAUUUUCCAUCGGUUCAGUUCGUGAUUUAUUUUUCGUUCUCUAGCAAUCAUUGUGUAUAGAGUAUAAGUCAUACUGUUGGUUUGCUAUUUGGCCAGGUUCUGUUUCGUCCGUUGCUUCCAAUGCUGACCUUGGCAAUUGCAAAAUAGCUGCCCCCGCUUGUGUCAAACACGAAGAGCGUUUUUGGAGUUCAUGUAACAUUCGAAUAGUAAUUAUUUUAACCUUUUUCCACCUUCAAUUAACGGACCAUUUUUGUUUGACAAUAUGUUGUGUUAAAAAGCUGGGCAGCGCAAAGUAUCACAAUUCAUUGAAAAACACAUACUCGUGGACAAUAGCACAGUGGACGUUGAAAAAUAAUAAAAUUAUGGCGGAUGACCCGAGUACCCUAACUCGUAAAGGACUCGUAACUGAAGGUCAAAGUAUUGUUUGUAACAUAACUGUACGGCAGAGAGUGUUAUGUAUGCAUCUGAGAAAUGAAGGUCCCCUCUAUCACAGUAAGAGGCAAUAGACAGUCAGCAUGGAUAUCACCAGACAUUGGACAAUGAUUUUGCACGUUCUUUUUUUUAAUGUUCGAAAUUGAACGAAAAAGUAAGAAAGGUGUAAUGUAAAAGUAUUCGGUGACAUUUACGCGCAAGUUCACAGAGGAGAACAAAUUCUAAGAGAGAAUCAUAUUUUUAGCAUCCGUUUAGAGAACCACUGAAACAUCUUCUACCGAAAACAUAUUAGGUAACCGAAAGGAUUUAGAAAAGGUGAUAUUUCUAGGCCCAUAGCGAGGAUCGAUCAUCGUAGUAGAACAGGAGCAUUGAUUGACGAAUUCCUACGUUGUGUACUCUGUUGUUCAUAGACCCUCCCCUCAGUACCCUCCUCCGUUGACGAGUUAAUAGUUAAAACAAAACAGUCUUCAAGCGCAAAUUCACAUUCAAACCAAUCGUCAAAGUUUGUCCGGAUUUUUGUCGUAGCAAUUUCCCUGUAGUUUGUUCCAAGAGAGGUGAAGCGAUUCGAGCAAGUUGUCGAGCAAAAGAGCGAUAGAGAAAUAUUCUACCGCCACAUUCCGUGUCCCGCCGUGGCGAACGUUCCAGCCGUUACAUCCAUUAUGGUAAACAUGCGAAACAUGGAAAAGAUGAGCGUCCCACUGGAUGGAGGCGGACACAGUAUUGGACAGAACAAGGUGGUACCGCGUUGUGAUGCGCACGUGAGCAAACUCGAGCGGAAUGUAAAAUUAUUUAAAACACUGACGAAUUACAGUGAGCAUAUGUUGGCGAUUAAGCAAAUCCCACGGUGUGAUUGUGUGUGAGUGUGUGCUUCCGCACGCUGCGAGAAUUAUAACAAAAAUAUACAAAACAACAAAUCUGAACUCUGAGGCUCAAUGAUAGAUA